CAAUGGCUUUGUCCCUUGAAGCAGGUCUGCCCGGAGGUCCCGCCCCGGAAGUCCCGCCCCUGCGCGGCUCACGCCUGCGCAGAAGGGUCGUCCCGAGGUUUCCCGCGCGGCUCCGCCUUUGCAGGGGCUCCGCUCGUCCUGUCCCUCCUCCGGCCGCCCAGACUCCGCCUUUGGAGGCGGGGACCGGCGGUUGGUGGCUCGGCCGGCAUGGGGCUGCCCGGGCUGCAUAUAGGCGCUUGCCGGUCGCUCUUCGCACUGACGCGCACCGUACCCGUGGGCUCCGCAUCAGCGGUGACAGCGACAGCAGGAGGCUGCCUGCAAGGAUUGGGACAGACCACGCUCGGCCCGGCCCGAGGUUUCCGAAGCUCCGUCGCCGCCAUGGCCUCGAUCAAGGUGGGAGAUGCUGUCCCAUCAGUGACGGUGUUCGAAAAGGAGCCCGGGAACAAGUUGAACCUGGCAGAACUGUUCAAGAACAAGAAAGGGGUGCUCUUUGGGGUCCCUGGAGCUUUUACCCCCGGCUGUUCCAAGACCCACUUGCCAGGGUUUGUGGAGGGAGCUGAGCAGCUGAAGGCCAAGGGUGUGCAGCUGGUGGCCUGUCUCAGCGUUAACGAUGUGUUUGUGACUGAGGAGUGGGGUCGAGCCCACAAGGCGGAAGGCAAGGUCCGGCUCCUGGCUGACCCCACAGGUGCCUUCGGCAAGGAGACAGGUUUGCUUCUGGAUGACACCUUAGUGCCGCUUUUUGGGAAUCGACGGCUCAAGAGGUUCUCCAUGCUGAUAGAGAACGGCGUGGUGAAGGCUUUGAACGUGGAGCCCGAUGGCACGGGCCUCACCUGCUCCCUGGCCCCCAACAUCCUCUCGCAGCUCUGACACCCUGGCCAGACUCCCCCUCCUUCCACUGUUGGUGCCCCAUGGGAACCUGCACCAGAUUUCAGCAAUAAACAUUUGCUCCCGG